AUGGCGGCGGUUUUCCCCAAAGAUAGUUGCUGGCAAUACAAAUGUCCUUUCCGAAAGACCUGGGUCGAUGUGAGCAAAGAAGAGGACCGCCAACUGAAGGAAGCAUAUCGCUCGUUGCCCAAAGGUGGCUAUCCUGUGGCAGUAUGCAACGUUGGCACUAGCAAGUUCUCCACGGACUUCCAGACGAUGAUUCGCACCAAUGUGGCCAGCAAGCGGUGCAUGGAGGUUCGACUCCGUGAUGGGCCUCUACCCUUCAAACUUCAGGACUCCGCUGAAGAAGCUCCAGCAUCAUCCAGCUUGGAUGGUGACGGGUUGGGCAUCGCCCCUUGUGACCUUGAAAUGGAUGGUAAAAAGGUGCCACACUCUGUUCGCAAAGCCUGGGGUCAAGGGAUCGAAGAUGGCAUCACAAUGAGUGGACAGUUUGAAUUUACACUAGAAGCAACAGAGAAGGAGUGCUUUGGCGAGAUGCUUUCAUGGAAUAUACUCGCUGCAGGGAUCUUGCCGCAGAACCUGGACAACCGCUGUCUGAAGUUCACAAGUGCACAGGGAGACGAAAGUAUGGGCAGCAAGAAAGACAUUGCGAAGAUGCUGGCGAAUCCUCGGGCCUAUCCAAUUCACAUCUCCUAUAAGCCGCAUCCAGCGUUCCUAUUUAUGCCCCGUGAGCAGGUUCAGCAUAUUGAAGUGCAGAGAACAUUCCUGAAGAUGGUAAAGGAGGCAGUGGCCGAAUUGGAUGGAAACUUGGACAAUGUCAAGCACAAGCAUCAGAGGAGGACAUUUGAGAGGUACCUUCUCUAUUUAGAGGAUCACUAUUCUCAAACCGGCGAUGAUUUGAGUGACGCUCUAGAUAUGGAAACAUGUGUGAAACUCUAUCCCGAGACUGCCUUCGGCUUUCUGUUGAUCAGCAAGACGGGCCCGGGUCUUCCAAAGAUCCUUCGUGGAGAGAUUGAUGUGCUGGAAUACUUGUUUGGUGGAUAA